UUAAGAAAAAACAUAUAAAAAGAAUAAAGAAAGGCUAACACAUUCAUGGAUACUAACGGUGGAUUUCAUGAGGUGGAAAAGGAUGGUAAACUGUUUUUGGUAUACCAUCACCCCAAAUAUUGCCCCAUACCCGAAACACAGACCCUAACCUCCUCCGUUGACCUUCCAUUUCAACCUCUUUUCUUAUGCCCUAAUGUACGAUGGUGGAAUACCAAUUCUUCCCCCGAGUACGUCUUCCCUACAACAACGGAUUCCAAUGAUCAUCAUGUACUUCCUUUGUUUUGGUGCAACAAUAAAGAAUUUGAUAUCGAUGGUGGGUGCGACAUGUGUGAAGGCUCAAAUUUCGGCACAGACUAUUACUUUUGUAUCAUUUAUGAUGAAAAAUUCCACAGAGAAUGCGUCCAGUCUCCUCUUAAAAUCAAGCACCCUUACCACCCUGAGCAUUCUCUCCAACUUUCCUUUCAUUUUUUCUCCAAUAUUGAGUGUUUAUGUUGUAGAAGAAGAGCAUAUAUGUUGGUUUAUCAUUGUACCAUAUGUCAGGCUUAUAUGCAUCCAACAUGUGCGAUGAAGCCAAUACCCUUUAUUAUAGACCAACCAAAAAAGCAUGACCAUCCUCUUACAUUUUUCCCCAGACAAACUUCAUUAACUUGUAACGUUUGUGGUUUAUUGAGAAAAAUUUAUCCCACCUACGUUUGUCUCAGAUGCAACUUUGUAGCUCAUAAUGAUUGUAUGAAUUUUCCACGCAUCAUGAAGAUAUCACGUCAUCACCAUCGUAUCUCCUACCUUUCUUCUCUUCCAUCUAGAGAACGGUCUUGUGGUGUUUGUCGACUAAUUAUUAACAGUGAUUAUGGUGCAUAUACUUGUGACAAGUGUAGUAAUUAUGGUGUUCAUCCAAUAUGUGCUACUGGAAAGGAUGUGUGGGAUGGAAAAGAACUCGAAGGUGUACUAGAAGAAGAUGAUAUAACACAAGAUGAUGGGCCGUUCAAGAUGAUAUUUGAAGGAUUGAUACUUCACUUUCUUCAUGACCAUCAUCUCAGGCUAGAGAGCAUCAUACUUUAUGACGAAAAUAAAAUUUGUCAAGCGUGUAUCCUUCCGAUCUAUGAAGGUAACUUCUAUUCUUGUAUGGAGUGUGAGUUCAUCCUCCAUGAAACAUGUGCUAAGGCUCCCCGUAGAAUUCAACAUGCGUUACAUCCUCAUCAACUUACACUAGAAUAUUUCAGUAAAAGAUGUUAUGCUUGUGAUCGUGAAUGUUAUGGCUUUGUCUAUUAUUGUAGCAUAGAGGGAUGCUACUUCAAUCUAGAUGUAAGGUGUGCUUCAACUUCUGAGCCGUUUGAUUACAAAGGUCAUGAACAUCCUUUGUUCCUAGCUUUAGACCCAGAAGUAGAACCCAUAUGUCACGUAUGCGAAACGAAAUGUCAAAAACAAUUAAAUUGCAUCAAAUGCAAUUUUAUUGUAUGUUUCAAGUGCGCAACCUUACCAUACAAAGCAAGGUAUACGUAUGACACACAUUUUCUCACAUCUUCAUGUGGUGAAAAAGUACUUGAGAAAGAUUGGUGUGAGGCGUGCGAACGUAAUUUAAAAGAUACCAACACAAAAGUGUUCUACUGGUGCAACGAGUGCUACACCACUUUUCAUAUUAAUUGCUUAUUUAAUGGCGAACCAAUUGUCAAACCCGGUAAAUUUCUCAAUAGUUGGGCGAAGAAUGUUCAAAUUCUUUAGAAAUGUAAGUUUUAUCUACCACUAAGCUAUAUUUGCAUGAACCCUUGAAAAAUAUUCGAAAAAGGCUACCACAUCACAUGUUAUAUGAAGUUUAUUUUAAGGCUUUUGUAAAGAUAUAAGAGCAUUGAGUGUAUUAACUAUCCAUGUAAAUAAAGUGUAAUUCUCUUUGUACU